AUGGUCGACGACUCCAAGCCUCAGACUGAGGAGCCUGUCGCUCUGCCAGAGUCCCUCCAAGGCAUUGCUAAGAAAAGCAAGAAGAAGAAAAACAAGAACCUCAACCGUGGCCCUACAGCGCUUCCAAAGAACCGUGGAAGUGGUUUCGAAGAGUAUUUCGCCGAUCCGCCUAUGACCCCCGUCGAGGCCAAAGAAGAGAAGAAUGAGAUCUACUCUCAAGACCUCCCUUUCGCUGAGCGCAUGCAAUCUUGCAUCCAGCGUUUCCGCUCCCGACGUCGUCUCCAGGGCGAUCGCGGCCUCUACUUCAACGAGUAUCUCUUUCUCGGCGGCGUCGAUACCAUGCCCAACACCUUCGGCGGUCUCAGCCGGCAAGAGCUGAAGGAACUUACUCCCGCCGAGCGUCGAGAGGCGACUGCCACAGAUAUUAUCUGGGCCAACUCUCAAGGUGGCGAGAAGUUCUACAAUGGCGAUGAUGAGAAGUGGACUGUCGAUUUUGCCGCUGUCGUUGCGGGCUUCUUCUCUGUCACUCUCGUUCAUCUGACCUCCUUUGAACCCAAGAGAAUGGAGGAGGGUAUCGACACGAUUAAGAACUUUCUUCGAUACGUUCUCCAGCACGAUGUCUGCCCUGAGUACGAGGACAGUGUCAAGGAGGCUCUGGAGGUUUGCAAGACUGCCACUGUCGAGUGGCCCAUGAUCCGACAGCUCAACGCUGGUCUCCCUGGAUACUUCAACCUCGCCUGCUCGGAGAUCUUUUGCCAGGCAACAACCGAAGAGUCUUGGUCAUUCCAGACUUUCAAGCGACCCAAGGGUUUCGACCCCAAAGCUGUCUUCUUCGCGGCUUUCGCUCUCAUGGACGAGCCUGAACUCUUUGAAAAGCUGUCUCUCAAGGAACCCACCGUCGUCAGCCAGUUCACCUGCACUCUUGAAUUGGUUCAGAUCUUCCGCCCCGACGAGGAUAUUGUCAAGCGAUUCAACUCUCUCGUCAUUGGCGACAAGGCAGCGAACCAUGUCCCUGUUGGUAAAGCUGUCUUCAAACAGGGUAUCAUUCAAGAUGACUGGGAAAACCCAUGGGCUGGGGAAUGGCCUGUCAAGGAGGAUACUGUGACUCUCUUUUUCGACGAUGCUCUUCUAGCAAACAUGAUGCCGGGGUUGAAGACUACUGCAACUAUCUUAGAGUUGGACGCAGGACUGCGGUUCAUCAAAUCUAUCGAGAUGGUUGUCCCAUCUUUCUAUGUCUUUCUCCCUCAGGAGUUGAUGCGCCACUACAAGGAGCCCAAAGACGACGAUCGCGCUGCUCCAUCGACCAGAAGUGCACAGAAGGGGAAGGGUCUUGCUGAGGAUGAAGAUUGA